AAACCUUAUCGAAGAUGAAGUUCUUAGUUCUUUUUGUAGCUUUAGUUUUCGUUGUUCUUCAGAUAGCAGAUGUUUGGGCUGGAGAAGAGGGCAAUGAUUGUAGUUAUAUUUGCACUUACGAUUUUGAUCCAGUUUGUGGGCGGAAAUUUGGAGGAAAAACAAGAACCUUUGGAAAUCAGUGCAUUAUGGAUGGUAUUAAUUCUUGUCUAACGGCUAAUGAAGUUUAUACAAGCAUUCCAUAUCCAUGCCAAAUCCAUGACGACAUGAAUAUUGAUAAAUGAUAAAUUUAAUAAGAAGCUCAAUUAAUU